AUGUGGAUCUCCACGCAAGCGAAUUCUUUUGCCCGAAGCCAGAAGACAGAAGGCUUGGAAGUGAAUUGUUUGGCAUUCUGCUACGGGACUAACUCAUGGCCACGACUGUCCAACAAUGGCGUACCUUGGGGAGGCAUUGGCAGAUUGAUUUCCGUGCACCGCUCUGCUCGUAAAGUCACUCUACAUGCGGCCAAUCGCACCCAGCAGCGUCCCCAGUCGAGAGGCACGAAGGCCACAAGAGGAUCUUGCCCUGCGGACACAACGCUUGCAGGACACGGACUGUGGGAUAAUUUCAGAUGCCCUAUUGUUGCUGAAGCUGAUCGUUUUGUUCUCUUUGGUGACCUACAUAUGGGCGAAGCCACACUGAACACGUGCCUUGAUGCCCUCUCCCUGGUACAGCAAACAUGCAAACGCCAGUGUACCUCCCUGGGGAUGGGCCACCAAGUAGGCUUCAGGCCUGUUGCUGUGGAGAGCGGGGAGCGAAACCCAAAAUCUAGGGAUGCACCUACUGUUGCUGUAUUCCUUGGGGACUUCUGGCAUUCCCGCAUCGAAAAGCACCUUCAUUGGGGGCUACUGAGGCCCCUCCUCGAGUUUUGGGAGCAGUGGGAUAUUCCAAUCCUCCUGCUCCCUGGUAAUCAUGACCAAUUGCAGUACGAAGCAGGGCGCGACCUGCUGCAGCCGCUGGAGAAGGCUGCUUCACAAAGUCCUCUUGUGUUGGCAUUUAGACGGCCGACGCUUGUUAAUGGAGAGCUUCUAUUCUUGCCUCAUAUGCGUGAAACCGCAAAGCUGCAGCGAAUCUUGGCCCAGGCAAAGCAGUGUACGACGUUGCGCGCUGUAUUCGGCCACCUCAGCAUUCGUGGAGCAUCGCUUAACCCCUUUUUAGAGGACUCCAGGCUUCUGUCAAGCGAUGCCGUAGAUCUCAGCCUUCUACCAGAUGUGCCUGUCUACAGUGGCCACAUCCACACACCCCAGCUUGUCGGUAAACAGGCUCGUUAUGUAGGCUCACUCUACCAGACAUCUCUUGCGGAAGCCUACCAGCGCAAAUAUAUUUAUACUAUUUCUAGAUCUUGUGGCUUCAACGUAGUAGACGCACAGGAGUCUGCAGUUGGCCCCAGACACUUUCCGGUGAACGACCCGAGGCUCUUGCCCGCACCAGAGGCACUGCGCCGUGGAGACAGGGUAGUGCUCCUACCAAAGACGCAUGCGAUAACCAGAAUGCCUGCUCGCGAUGAAGCGAUCGCUCCUUCCACUCUUGAUAGUCUUAAUGGACAUCAAUCAAGGCGGUGUGACACAAUGCGCUGUGAGGAGCCAACGCAAGCGCCCCCUACACAGGAGAUGAACAUGCAGAAAUCUAGGAAGCUCUCUGGACAGCAUCCUCCUACUGGCAAAUUUCCCAGGACACCGAGCACUCUCGUGGAGCCACAUAGUGAAGGGGACGCGACCUUUGGCGUGAAGUUGCUGAACGGGAAUGCAGAGCUAGAUUCGGAGCAGCUCCUGCAACUCUCAGCAGCCUACAAAGAUGCAGGCAUCUUAUUUGACUGUCGCGUCACCCCAAGUGCAGGACCCUCAAAGUCUGUCGGAGAGGGUUCUCACUCUGUAGCGGCGGAGCAGAAGACCGAAGGUCCCAGCUCAGCAACUUCUGCUGCAUUGCUCUGCAUGCAUCACGGUCUCCUGCCGGUGGAAAACCAAUCUCCUCGCGAGGCCCUGCGCCUCUAUGUUUACCAGGAGCUCAAGGGUGGAUACCAGACCUUCAGCAAACAUGCCUUGGCAGCGGCCGAGGGACUGCUCCAGGAGCAGCUGGACGGUUCUACCAAUAUCGGACCUGAAAACCCCAGCAAGAGGGGAUGCGGCUCAGCAACCAAGAAUGCUGAGUGGCCACAUGUAGCAGCAGAUCUUCAGCUGCACCAGGCCCGCAUAGAAUCAUUCGGUCUUUACAGCGGCGUCGUUCGCCUCAAUUUACAUAGACGUGGACUUGUUAUCAUUCAAGGAAGCAAGAACGAUGACGCGCAAGGGACUGCAUUUACUGAGAACGGCUCUGGGAAGUCGACUGUGAUGCAAGCUGUUAUCUGGGCGCUCGUGGGGGAUGGCGCUGCUAGCGGCUUUACUAGUAGUACAGGGAGGCCCAAGGUGACGGGUGUAGUCUGCGAUGACAUCCCACCUGCAUCCAACUCAAAUAGCGCUUUAAUUGAAACCAUCGAUGGAAAGGCCGAAAGCGAUAACGCCCUAGCACGCUGCGACGAAGACCGCUUCGCCUCGGUCGAGCUUGAGGGUAAACUGAAUGGAGAGUCGUUUUUCCUGCGGCGGAGGCGGUGGCGUUCGGGACGGUCCGAGUUGACAGUGCAUGUCGGAGGCAGGGAUUUGACAGGCCAAAGUGCCAUAGAUACCCAGCGGCAGCUGGACUCUCUUUUUGGUGGUAAACUCAAGGCUUGGAGUCAGUUCAUCUACCUGGCAUCUCAGGGGUUAGAUGGAUUGCUACGCACCUCUGAAGCAACAUUUUCCGUGCGUGGUUUCGUUGUGCGUUGCAGUGCUCUCCUGCUAAGGGACGUCCGUCGCCUCUUACGCCGGAAACGGGGUUUCAGCUCCCCAGAUCUGCUGGAAAUGAGGCCUUUUAAUGCAAGCUCGCGCGGAGGGACUGAUGCAGACUCAACAGUGAAGCUGGCCAGCUCAAAGGGAGAAGCCCACAGGGACUAUAAAUUUGAAUCAGUCCUUGAAACUUCCCGAGAUUGGCUAAGAGAUGCUUCGCAAGAUUACGCUGGGGUUCUAAAGCAACUAGCGCGGUUGCAAAGACUAGUUUCUCUGUUUCAAUCUCGCGCCAGAUUUUACAGGCGCCAGGAGGAAGUGCUGGAAUCAGCAGAGAAGCUCUUGGGCUCCCAAGGAAUUCAGCGGAAUUUGCUCGCGUCCGUACUUCGCCAACUAAAGACACAAACAAAUAUAUACCUUGAACAAGCCAGCGGGGGAUUGCUCCGACUCGACUUUGCGUCGUCGGGAACAGCUCGUAUGAAUAAGGUGCUGAGCAUCCGAGGCUUCGACGGCGCCUUCAGAGAAAGGACACUCCAGCAAGCGUCGAGCGGGCAGCGCCAGUUGCUCGCAUUGUGCCUCUACCUCGCUUUUGUGGUUACAAUUAAGCGACGUGCCGGCCUUCGAUGCAACGCUCUAUUCCUUGACGAACCCUUGCUGUCUCUUGAUAGCGUAAACACGGUCUUCAUCCUCAUAAUUUGCGACGCAUUCUUGACGCCGUGGAUACUAUCACUCUUCAAGGACAAUCAGGACAUUGCAAUAUCAGCACGUCUGUUUUCCUAA